AUGUAAGAGGAAGCCGAAUCUUUGAAGAUUUCUAGAUCCGAUGCAAAUCAAUUGAUAUCUUCUUUAGAGUCAGCAUAUUAUGGCUUGCUACUUUAAGGAAAGUAUUUGCCAAAACUUGCUUCAUCAAUUAUUACAUCAGAUUACUUAUUAGGGGUUUUAUUUGAUAAAAUAUACGUUACAAAUUUGAAUGAAGUAUAGAUCGGUGUGCUGCUUAAGUCAGUGAAAAAAUAUGAAAUUAUUGAGGAAUUGCGAAAGAUUCCUUUAUAAUAAAAAAGCUGGAGAAUUGAUUAUAAACAUUUACCAGACAAAGACUGGAUUACUAAUGUGAUGAAAACACUGAAACCAAAUCAUGAAUUUUUCUAAAAAUAUAAAUAAAGUACAAAAUAUGUCAUGAAAACCUUUACUCAAGAAUAAAUUAAGUAAUAUUUUUCAAACCAUACCAUUAGUUAAAUUAAAGAAUUAGACACGACGAUGGGAAAAAAAAAAAAUGUAAAGAGAUUCUUCCAUGUGUCUGAAGAGAAAUAAUUAGAAGCAGAAAAUCAAAAAAGAUCUUUAAAAAAAAAGCCUUAGAAGGGAAAAUGGAUAGGAAAAUUAAAAUUAUUAACUACUAUGAGAAGGAUUUAAGCUUAUUGA